CACCGCCAUGCCGCCCCAACUGCCUUCCCCACCACCACCACCACCUCCACCGUACCGCGACCUCGGCCCCUCCGUGGUCGACCUCCUCACCCCCCUGCCACCGCCACCGCCGCCGCCUGCCGCCGCCAUCGCCAACUCGUCGUCCGCGUGCCACCUGGGCGAGUGGGAGCCCAGCCUCACCGUGGUGCCUGUCGUCUACAUGAUCAUCUUCGUCGCCGGCGUCGUCGGCAACGGCCUCGUGCUCUGGAUCUCCGCCCGCGGCGUGCGCUGCUGCCGCCGCCGCCGCCGCCGCCCCGGCCGUAGCGGCCCUGGCGGCGGCGGCGGCGGAGGGGCCCCCGGUGGGUCUGGCGGCGGCGCUGGUCCGCCGCCGCCGCCCCCGCGGCGCUCCGCCGACGCUCCGCGCCGCGUGGCCGACGUGUACAUCGUGAGCCUGGCGACGGCCGACCUCGUCUUCCUCGCCACGCUGCCCCUGUGGGCCGCGUCGACGGCGAUGCGCUACCGCUGGCCCUUCGGCGGCGCCCUCUGCCGCGCCAGCGCCCUCGUCAACCACGUCAACAUGCACGCCAGCGUCUUCUGCCUCACGUGCCUGAGCUUCGACCGCUACAUCGCCGUGGUGCACGCCGUGCCCUCGGCGGCCAUGCGCAGCAGGAGGCACGCGGCGCGGUCCGCGGUGCUGGUGUGGGUGCUGGCGCUGUUGGCGUCGCUGCCCGCGGCUUUGCUGAGGACCACCGUGGCUAGGGUGGCGGGAGGCGUGGUGGCGCACGGUGGCGGCGGAGGCGGUGGUGGAGGCGGUGGAGGCGGUGGUGACUUUGACGGGUUGGAGAUGCCGGGGAAUGGUCAACAACAGCAACAACAUCAUCAGUAUUAUUAUCAGCAUGGCGGUGGCGGUGGGAUGGACGGGUUCGAUGGAGGAGCGGUUGAUGGAGGUGGCGAGUGGGACGUGGACCCGGCCACAGUAACGUGGAGUUGCGAGAUGCAAUUCCCCACGACGGACGAGCACGAAGUCGCCGUCUGGACCGCUUCCAUUUCAUUCUCUGUGACGCUCCUGUCGUUCCUGCUGCCCGAGAUCGUCAUCUGUUACUGUUACUGUGCCAUUGCUAAGAAGCUGAGCUAUCACUUUGGACGCGUGCGUCACCAGCAGCGCGUCCGUCGGCAGCUCCUCCGCACCAUCGCGUGCCUCGUGGCGGCCUUCACGGCCUGCUGGCUGCCCUUCCACGUGGUGCGCACCCUCGACGCCUUCCGCUGGCUCGGCUGGCUGCCCGACAUCUGCGCCUUCGACCGCUUGCUGGCCUACGCGAACCCCUACGCGGUCUGCCUGGGCUACCUCAACAGCUGCCUCAACCCGUUCCUCUACGCCUUCUGUGACGGAGCCUUCCGGCUGCAGUGCCGGAGGCUACUGCUCGGAUCGCCGCUCAUCAAGAGGGUCUUGAGACGCGGCGGUGGUGGUGGUGGUGGUGGAGGUGGUGGUGGUCGUGGUGGUGGUGGUGGAGGUGGUGGUGGUGGUGGUGGUGGUGCGACGGAGGUGGAGGAUGGGGUGAAUGUCACCGGUGGGGUUGAAAACAGUCGCUCGGAGGUCGUGUCGAUGUCGACCGUCAUCUGAAGUGGCGGUGGAGGUGGUGGUGACGGUGGUGGUGGUGGUGACGGUGGUUGUGGUGGUUGUGGUGA